CGGUACAACAAGAGACGCGGGAGCGGAGACAGCAGCUGGGGACAAGAGAGCGGGCGGGCGGGUGGGGAGGGUCGCCGGGAGGCAGGUGCACGGGGAUACGAGGCGCGGGUGGUCUCCUUUGGAGCGUGUCCCCCACCCCGCUGCUGUUCGCAGAUGUCGGACGAAAUGUCCGCCGCCGCCGCCACCCAGAGAGGCGGCAAGGGCGCGCAGAGCGCCAGUGGCGCCACGCUGGACUUCUCAUUUCGCUGCAUCACCGCCAUGGAAGACUUGCUCACAGAAGAUCCUCGGAGUGUGCCAGCGGAAGCAAAGGCGCGAAAUGCCAAUGCUGUGAAGGCACCAAGUCAACACAAAACUGAGGAUGCGAUUAUGGCAGGAAGUGGAACAACAUCUAUGCGCGUUGCUGAAGUCGGGUCGCUUGGUUAUGCGAGCGUGGCCCCAAGCACAGACACCGCACAGAGUGAACACAAGUAUGACGUGACGGCCCUGCGCUUGAACAACAAUGCGCUGACAAACCUUGAAGGAUUCUGGGAGACGACAGCGGCACUGAUUCAGCAGCCUUCUGCCCUGGCAUGGAUUGAUCUUUCUUUCAACCAACUGUCGGACAUUCCGCAAGUGCUGUGUGAGCUGCAGGAGCUGCGUGUGCUCUAUCUCCAUGGUAACACGGUGUCUCGGCUCUCCAAUGUCAGCACCCUGGUCCCCUUGCGUCAUCUCCGUUCACUAACGCUGCACGGGAACCCAAUUGAGACGGAGAACCACUACCGCUACUAUGUGCUAUCAGCACUGCCUUCUCUCAAAUCUCUGGAUUUCAGCGCUGUGACAAAUCAGGAUCGACAGACUGCUGUGAUCUGGAGUAUGAACCGUGCCCGGCACUCCAAACGAAAACUAUGAGACCAGCAAGACUAAUCAACAUAUUUGAACUUGCACACCACACUUCAUUCUGAUGACACGAAGAUAAUCUGGAGGGAAUGUCGAUCUCAAUAAAUCUACAUCUGAACAAUUGCUCAUCGCAUUUACACAUUUCAAAGCAAAAACCUAGGUUCUAAAAUCAACACUAGUAUACCACAAAGCAUUAAACAUUAAAAUAUGCAUAUUUAGGCAUGUAGAGGAAAAUGUUUUAUACAUCACCAUUAGUAUAAAUAGAAAUGUGAUAGAACAAAUUCACUUUAAUUUCAAUGUUGUACAUUGUGGGACAAACUAUUAUUUAAUAACUAGGUUGUUGGGGGGCGCCAUAGGCGCCCCCCAACAACCUAGUAAUCAUCAUAGAAAGAUAGAUAAAGUUGUGCGCUUACCAACAUAAUGGAACGUCUGUCCCUGCAACUUGUUGAAUGUGAUAGCGUAUGCGGGAAGAAUGGGAAAUUGUCAUCGUCGCAAAACAAAUGGCAAAGUCGUGUCGGUGGGGGCCAAGUCGAUUCCGGAAAUCAACACCGAAUCGCCUCGUUUUCUCUCUCAAGCGUUCAUGAUAUUCAUCAUAGACAGAGAGAGGCUAUGGUCCCGGGUCCUCCGGCUAAGAGGGUCCUCGGGGAGGCUAGCAGACCUGACCCUAGUCAAGGUACAGGUCUCGACUGCCAGCCAUACGGACCCGGCCCUGAUAAGAACGUCGGGCUCCGAGGCUUCCAGGGUCGCACCACUGGCUCACUCCGCCCGGCCCUGAUAAGGACGGCAGGUCAGAGGAGGUCAGGGUCCUAGCUAGCCGGUCUUCAGUCUUCACUGGCUCUUCUGUCUUCAGCUGGCACAACUCCCCGAACCCUCCCGGGGUCCGGCCUUUUAUCCUGCUCUGUGGCUUGCUCCGCCCUAGCCACGCCUCCCUUCCCGAACCUUCCACCAGGUUCUGGAAGGGUGACAUAAUUCCCCCACAGCCCCCUACUUGGGGGCCCCCUACUUGGGGGCUGUGCCCAUUCGUUCCAGGAUCCGUUUUCCCGGCUGACUGUAUACAGAUUUUUUUGCUGUGACAGUUUCACCUGAAGACGGACGCUUGUGUUGCCUCCGAAACGUGAUUUUAUUGUUUUUGUUAUUAAUUUUAAUUUCAUUUUUACCUACGUGACUUUACCGAAAGAACUAAGAGUAUGAAUCCUUGCAGUCACGAAAGCUUCAAAUCUAGAAUUAGUAGCUAUCACCCGGAGAUGGUGUACAUUCGUCCAAUAACACCAUUUCACAUGUGUUGUGUUCUAGAACUAACCACGGAGACGUCUGCUGGAGGCAACGCGUUUAUUACAACUCUUAACCCUCUGUAACACUAUGUUACACACUACUCUCUUCCACUCGAUAGUCUAAGGGAGGGACAGCCUCCCUCCUAGCGUACCCUACCCACUCCGGGCUACGCACACGCCGGUCCCUUGUGACGGCGGGAGGCUGGACCGACCCUCCCACCCAGGGUCCGGGACUCGCCUUGGACCACUUCAACCCCGGCUUAGCGAGAGCCGUGGGGAGGGUCCCAGGGGGUCCGAGCGACCUCGGCUCUGCUUCAACCCGUGCUGCACAAGAGCCACGGUUGAGGGUCCCCGGGUCGCUUAGUCCAGUCUCCAGAUCUUCAGAUGUCUUUAGGCUUGAGUUGGCGGAUACUGCCCUGACCGUCCCGAGGGCUGGCCUUUUAUCCCCAGGUCGGGGUCACCCCUCCCCUCAUGCCCCUCCCCUAGAAUCUUUUAGAAGGUCUUAUCUUAAGGGGUCUUAGCCCCCACCCCUGGGGGCUCUGGGGUGUCAACCUUUGGUCAGGGGGGGGAAGGCUCUUAUCUUAAGGGGUCUUAGGAAGUGGUGGGGGGGAUCCUCCUCAGCCCCUACCCCUGUCGGCCCGUGAGCGUGGUGGCAGGUCAGCUGCCCACAGCGCCUUAUGACGGCGCAACACAUGCACGGGACGUGUAGGUUUGCAACGCCCCCUACAUGAAAACGACGGGAAGUGCAGUGUUCAUGUUCAUGACAGAUAAAGUUGGGCAUUUAUAUUAAUAAUAUUGAUCACUGUUGAUUUAGCAUCCUUUAUGUAAACUGAAAACAUGGGUGUGCAUAUUCUGUAUAUGUGUUACAUAUGUCUUUACACGUGGGAGGAAACUGGAGCACCUGGAGAAAACCCACGCAACUCUAUCUGAUACAGAUGGAACAGAUGGAGAUUAGUCCGAACUUGCUGUACCACCUCCUGGCCCUUGAGCGCUACGUCUAUUGCAUGCGCUAUGCCGUACACAUGCCUGCACAUUGACAGGAGGAGGCUACACACGAGUUGGGCAUAAUGGGAGCGUCUCGGUAAAAUAAAAGUGUAGAAUUCGUAACUCGCACAGUUUUUUUGUUCACUCUCGGACAAAGAGAACGAUUCAAUUGCGCAGGAAACCAUAGCCAAGCGGAAAGGCCGCAAGCACUGGCGCAACACAAUUGCCAGGCUUGUGGUCCUAUGUUAGGAUGUUUGGGAAAACGAAAUUACUUCUACAAAGCCGUGAUUUAUAUAUAGUUUGGGACGCUGCGGUUCAGGUAACACGAGCCCGAACGUCAACCCGACGGCCCGAAGGAAUUGCCUCUUAGACGGGGCAUUGCAGUUAAGAGGAAUUGUACCGUAUAUGGUAAAUAUGCAACGACUUUGCAUCAUGUUUGAAUAUUUUAAUUAACUACAUAUGUUGAAGUUUUCAAGUCAAAAGACCACGUGUCUCCAGCUAAAAUGAGUAAUAAAUGCAGUGCUAAUUGUAUUUAAAGACCCUGGAGUCACCGCUUUUUAUUUUAUGGUGCAGACCAGAUUCUCUACUGGAUGGCCAAUGUUGACCACUGGUAUCUGGAGCCAUGCACACAUUGCCAACAGUGUUGACUACCCUGACCUUAACUCUGCAAUGUGGAACAAAGGUUUCCACAAAGCGUACCUUCGGUAUUUCAAAACUUUUUUUUUCAAUUAAACAGUAUAUUCUGUUUUUUUCGGUAAUGUCACGUGACUUUACCGAAAGAACCAAAGAGUAUGGAUUCCUGCAGUCACGAAAGCUUAAAAUCAAGAUUAAACAGUAUACUGUUGUACCAGGUUGCCCAGUACUGGCUAAACAUAUAAAGUCACAUGAUCUCGUGAUAAACAUUAAUGAAUUGGACUGCAGAUGCUGAAUUUAGUUUUCAUUGUAUGUGUAAUAAAAAGACUCAGACACUUC